CCAAGAGGAACCAAAUCAAGAACAGAAUUUCACCGUUCCAGCAAAGUGCUUUUGCCUGCUAGCAUUAGUCGUACGGAAGGAGGAAGGAGUUGCUCUCGAGGCGGCCCAUCCAGGUCUCGCAAACGAACACACCCUGCAGCCAGCGAGCCCCUCCGCCCCCUCCUGCUUUUUUGGCAAGGCGCGUUCAUGACUUGUGCUCGUGAGGAGAAGAAAAGUUUUGGAGACAAGAAAAGAAAAGAAAGUUCUCGAAGACAACGAUCUCUUUUUUGAGUGACAUGUCAACCCACGGCGGCAAGCUGCAUUAAAACAUGGCGGCGUGUCGCGUGGGUGUUGUUGUGGUGGUCUUCCUGCUGUGGGCGGGGCUUCACACACACGUGUGUGGCUGCGAGUGCAGGGGUCCAUGGCUGAGGGAGGAGGAGGCGGGGUUUCUGGCGUCUCCGUGCUACCCGCAGCAGUACCCCAACUCUCAGAGCUGCAGGUGGCGUUUGCGGGCCCCCCUCGGCUUCGUCGUGCAGCUGACCUUCGUGGACUUCCAGCUGGAGGAGGCGCCAGGCUGCGUGUACGACCGCGUGGCUGUGCACGGCGGGGUCGGGCGCGUGGACCUGUGCGGCCUGACCGCGCACGGCCUCACGCUUAACUCCAGCGGGAACAUCAUGGACGUGGAGUUCACUUCUGACUUCAGCGUGCAGAAGAGGGGCUUCAGCGCCACCUUCCGCCAUGUCCCUGUUGCAUUGAGGAACCAAAAGGUCAGCGUUGCCGGGGGCAACGGCCAAGUGGCCAAAGUGUUGUCUUCAGUUGCCAUGCCGACACUGCACCACCUGACUCUCUGCUUUGAGCUGGAGCGCAGCGCACGCCAGCAGGUGGAGUGGAUCUUCACGUAUGAAGAUGAGGAUGGCAACACGGUGUUGGCGCUGGGUUGCGACCAGAGUGGCGUGAAGCUGGUGGUGGGAGGCGUGACGUGUUCGCUGGACUCCAUUGUGACAGCGGCCGACUGGAGCUGGCCCAUGAAGAACUUGUGUGUCCUCUGGUCUUCGUCCAACGGCCGCGUGGGGGUCUACUUGGAGGGCAACCAUUGGGCCAAGACGUGCUCUGCCUCCACUGGACACUCCGUGGCCGGGGGCGGGACUUUCCGCCUGGGAGGGGUGCACAGCUUCGAGGGGAACCUGUACAACUUGCGCCUGUGGGACUACACCAUGACGGUGCAGCAGCUCAACGCGCUCACAUGCCACGUGGCUGGAAACGUCAUCGACUGGGACAACGCCUUCUGGGACAUUCCGUCCUCGCUGACCCAGACGGACCACUCACUCAGCUGCAGUGUGACCCCGCCCAGCAACACCACCCUCAACACCCACUGUGACACCACCCGCCUGGGCUGUCCAGCCGCUUCCUCUCCCGCCAGCUCAUCCACGUCCUCCACUAACAGCAUCCAUGCUACUAACGCCCACGUCCAUCCCAACACUUCCUCUGCUCCCACUCGCAUGCCUCUAACCCCCACCAGAACCAGCAGAACCAGCGGCUCCUCUUUGGAGGUCGUCCUCUACAGGCUGUCGGUGGUGGUGCAUGAUGGGAGCGCCACACUAACUCAGGCGGGUGUGGAGGAAGCAGUGUCCUCCUGGCUGAACCAGACCUUCCAGAAUUGGACUCACUCGGUGUUUGUGGACUCAGUCAGUGUGCAAUCUGCGAUCUUGCCUGGAGGUCACUCAAGCUUCACCAGCCGCGCUCUGCUGCUUCACCGUCACAUCACUGAAGAGAGUCCGGGCCGAGACGCCGUCUCCGCCAGGAUAUCCAGCAGGGACGCACACAUUGGCGCCGGCCUGGCGGUCGGCACCGGCUCUAUCCGAGUCACGCUCGUGGAUGCAUGUCCAGAGGACAACACUGUCCAUUACCGCUGGCCUGAGACCCAACCCAGCGUCACUCACUUCCUGCCGUGCUUCCCCAACAAGGAGCAGAGUGCUUCCAGGACGUGUUUGAUUGACCGCCACAACUUCUCAACCUUCUGGUCGCCUGCCGACUUCAGCAACUGCACUGACAUCGACGGCAUCCAGGUUUCAGCAGAGAAUGCGGCCGAGGUCGCCGCACAACUGGCCGCCAUCGCCAACAACCAGUUGUCCAAAGAGGAAGUGUCUAAAGUGGUGAGCAAGGUCAAGCAGCUGGUCCAUGUGGCGAAGAUCAACGCCACCUUGGCGUCUGCAGUCGUCGCCGUCAUCUCCAAUGUCAUGAGGAGCCCCCAGAGCGCUUUGGCCCCCGCAUCCGACAGGGCCCUGAAGACGGUGGAGCAGCUGCUUGACAAGUUAGAGUUCCAGGGUCCGUCAGUGAGCAUCACAUCCAGACAUCUGUCCUUGGGGGUGUCGGCCUUCAAUACGUCGGACUUCAAUGGGACGUCGUUCAGCGCUUUCAUCCCGCCAAACGCCACCGACCCACAGAUUGACUUUGAAUCGGAGCGGACCGACCCGCUGGCUCAGGUCACAUUGCCAGCGUCGCUGCUGUCCGGUGCUUCGCUCAGCGAGGCCCGCAUCAACUUCCUGUUCUUCAGCAGCACCAGCCUCUUUCAGAGUGAGCAGGACGGACGCACGCUCAACAGUUACGUGGUGGCCAGCAGCGUGGGAAACUGGAGCGUCAGCGACCUGAGCGAUCCAGUCCAGAUUGAGAUUGUUCACCUGUCGCCACAAGCCUUCUUCAGUCCUGUCUGCAUGUUCUGGGACUUCAGCAGGAACGGUGGUGCCGGUGGAUGGAACUCAGACGGCUGCAGAGUUUCCAAAGAAGACUCCAGCGUCAACAGGACCGUCUGUUUGUGUGACCACCUGACGCACUUUGGCAUCCUGAUGGACAUUUCGGGAGUGUCACCUCAUAUCGACCGGCGCCACAACCGGAUCCUCACUUUCAUCUCCUUCGUGGGCUGCGGCGUCUCCGCCAUCUUCUCAGCCGCCACGCUGCUCACCUACAUCGCCUUUGAGAAGCUGCGGCGAGACUACCCGUCCAAGAUCCUGAUGAACCUGAGCGCGUCUCUGCUGCUCCUUAACAUGGCCUUCCUGCUGAACGGAUGGUUGUCGGGGCAACGGAGCGAGGCGCUGUGCUUGGCCGCCGCCGUGCUGCUGCACUACUUCCUGCUGACGUCAUUCACAUGGAUGGGCCUGGAGUCGGUGCACAUGUACAUCGCGCUGGUCAAAGUGUUCAACACGUACAUCCGCAGAUACAUCCUCAAGUUCUGUCUGCUGGGCUGGGGAGUUCCUGCUGUGCUGGUUGCAACGGUGGUGGCUGUGGAUAAACGGUCCUACGGCCCACAGGAGUAUGGCGGUGGCGAGUACGGUGACGGAUCAUCUGAGUUCUGCUGGAUCCAAAGUCCGCUGGUGUUCUACACGGCGUGUGUGGCCUACUUCUGCCUCGUCUUCCUGCUGAACGUCGCCAUGUUUGUCGUAGUCAUGCUGCAGAUCUGCGGACGCAAUGGCAAACACAGCAACCGCACGUUCCGAGAGGAGGUGGUGCGGAACCUGCGCAGCGUGGUCAGCCUGACCUUCCUGCUCGGGAUGACCUGGGCCUUUGCGCUCUUCGCCUGGGGGCCCGUCAGCCUCAUCUUUGUCUACCUCUUCGCCAUCUUCAACUCGCUGCAAGGACUCUUCAUCUUCUUCUUCCACUGUGCGCUCAAAGAGAACGUGCAGAAGCAGUGGAGACGCUCGCUGUGCUGCGCUCGCUUCCGACUUGCUGACAACUCCGACUGGAGUAAGACGGCGACCAACAACAACACCAAGAAGGCCACGACUGAGCAGGCAGUCCAGUCUUUGUCCUCAGGCUCCUUCGGCUCCAGCGCCGCUAACUGGACCUCCAAAGCUAAAGUCACGCUGAAGCCUUUCACCAGGACACACAACAACACAGAAAGUUGCUGCAGCCAAUAGGAGGAGAGACCAGCACAGCAGAUAAAUGCCACCGGAUCAGCCCCUCCUGCUUCCUGUCAGCCAGAUGAUUGACAAGGUCAAAGGUUACAACUUCUACAAACCCAGCACCCUAAAGAGGCUCCGCCUCUUCCUCUGGGAGACACACACUGCCAUGGACGCUUCCGGAACAUUCCCCAACACAGCGAGGACAUCACGACGUCCAUCACUAGCGUAGCGCUGACCUCUGACCUGGUGUGAAGCAUGCCCAGUGACCUUUGACACACGAGAAAGUGCUGAGUCAAGCCCAGCAUGACAGCUGUCCUUUCCAUGCAACACCAUGGAGACAAUGAACCUUCCACUGCUUGGAGAGGACCGUGCUAGCAUUAGCAGUAGCACAAUCAGCUAGCUUUGUUGGAUGACCUUUGACCCCUUUCAGGUUGUGACGAUGAAGACUUUUUUUUUAUGUCCAUUAAAUUCAUCAUUUCUUUUUAGUGUGCUCUAGAUUCGCACUUUCAUCUACCAUAUUAUUAUUAAUAUUGAAAUCAUUUGUUUUUGGACGUUGUCACUGAAAGCAAUGGCAGAGCGUCAUUACCAUGACAACCUGGGUAGUUAUGAGUGGUGAUGACAUCAUCAUGGACCACAGAAAAGUCCUCAGCGGUGUCUGAAAUGAUUGACAGCUUGACUAAACGAACUUUUGUGUACAAAAGCAAUUUACCUGGUCACGUGAUUCCUCCCAAUAGUGGACAUAUAGUCCAUAUAGAUGUCCAUAUAGACAUUAUCUAUGUGGACAU